AUGUUUUGGCGCUUUAGCUUAAACCCGUCAGCCAUCGACGGCCUAUUAGACAAAGAAGAUCUAACUCUAGAAGAACUAUUGGACGAGGAUGAUUUGUUGCAAGAAUGCAAAACGCAAAAUAAUAAAUUAAUCGAAUAUCUUCGUGACCCAGUUAUACUUUCCCAACUACUAAAUUAUAUUAUUCGGGAAGAUUUGGAUGAUAGACAACGUUUCAAAUACCCAUAUGUCGCUUGUGAAGUUCUCUCUUGUGAAAUCUGGGCCAUUUGUGAAGCUGUGAUCGAUAACCCGGAUUUACUUAAUUCCUUUUGGCAACUUUUGGAUCGCCCGCCGCCAUUAAAUCAUUUACAAGCAAGCUAUUUCGUAAAAGUGAACGCGGUGUUUUUAUCAAGGAAAACAAACGAGAUGGUGAAAUUUAUAAGGUCCAUACCAAAGGUUGUCAACAAAUUAUUGACACACAUGGAAACUUCAGCAAUCAUGGAUUUAUUAUUGAAACUGAUCAGCGUUGAAGAGUAUCCAGAAGGUGCCGGGGUUGUCGACUGGCUGAAUUCGGAAGGCCUUAUCCAAGCUUUGAUUUCCAAAUUGGAACCUAAUCUUGAUUCCGAUAUACAUUCAACGGCUGCUCAGGUUUUAAAUGAUAUAAUAUCAAUAUCUCAAUCAAGUAAUCCCGAGCAAGGAGGCAUUGGCCCGAAUGCCUUGAUUAGAGAGCUUAUUAGUGAUAAAACAGUUUCGCGACUUGUUGAUUAUAUGCUUGAUAUAAAAUCUCCUGGCUCAACAUCCACUUUAAAAAAUGGUGUUGGCAUAUUUAUUCAGAUAAUUCAGAAAAAUAAUUGUGAUUACGAUGAUGAGGCGAUGUUAGCUCUAGUACAACACAAUCAACACAAUUCAGUGGUUGAUUUGAGUGAAAUGUUACGAGUUUUAGCUAAUCGUAUUGGAGAAUUCAAGAAAUUACUGGAGCAUCCCAAAUCAGUGACGAAACCUAUCGAGACUACGAUAGGGGAAACGCUUCCACUUGGCUUUGAACGAUUUAGGAUUUGUGAACUUUUUGCUGAAUUAAUUCAUUGCUCCAAUAUGAGUUUAAUGAAUACAAUUCGUCCUGAAUCUUCUACAAACGGCUUAUUUGGGGUCAAAAAUGCAAAUAACAAUUAUAAUGAUUAUGAGCAUGCAGAUUCUAAUUUUGUGUCAGUAGUGCCAGAACAAGAGCAAAAAGGUUAUAGUUCAUCUCUUGAUUCAAUAAACUCUAUAAAGUCCGCCACCCAACAAGAAUCAAGUUCCGAUCCGCCCGGAAAUUCAAUCGACUCAACUUCACCUAUGGAUACUGUUGAACAUGAACAUGGGCAGACAAUAAACAAUUCUGUAGAGUCAAACAAAAGUAAUAAUCAAUUAGUCACACAGAAUCAAGAUCAUAUACUGGUUGGUGAUCUACUCAAAGAGAAAUUUAUCGAGCAUAAAAUCAUUCCAACUUGUCUGGAUAUGUUCUUCACUUUCAAGUGGAACAAUUUCCUGCACACGGUUGUUUAUGAUAUGAUUGCCCAGAUUUUCAAUAGGCGGAUGGACAUUGGUCGAAAUAAAGAAUUGGCUAUAUCUGUAUUUACAGAUGGAAAAUUAACAAAAAGGAUUACGGAAGCUCAAAAAUCCAAUGAGAAAAAAGUGAAGGAGCCCAAAGGAGUAAGAUUAGGUUAUAUGGGACAUUUAACAUUUAUCGCCGAAGAGGUUGUCAAAUUACUGGACCGAUAUGCAGUGGACAUUGGUGAGAAAGUGAGAGAGUACAUCGAGGCAUCAGAAUGGCAGGAAUAUGUGUCAAAAACUCUUCGUGAGACACGAGAGCGUGAUCGUGCACCUUUAGGUGGUCAAAGACCAAAUGAUCACGAUAGCUUGGCGCCGAGUCGCGAAGAUAGCGACGAAGAUGAUGAUGCAAUUGAGCAAACCGGUGUUAAUGAAGGUGAUAAUCAGUUUGCUCGAUAUUUAUGUCAACAAAUCAAUAACCCUGACAAGUUUAAUUCAUCGGACGAAGAUGAUGAUGAAGAUGACAGUUGGAUGGGAGAUGAUUUUGAGAGAAUGCCUAAUCCGAAUGUGAACGAGGGAGAUUUCGAAAAUCGACAGUCUUCGCUGGACGACGACUAUGGAGAUGACAGUGAUGAAGAGGAUACUUCUAACAAAUGGCCAUCUGACAAUAAGCAACUUCUUACUGAUUGGACAGCCGACUUUCCAUCAAGUUUCGAAAAUGAUAUUAGUACAAACGAACAACACAAGACAGCCGAGAUGUCUCCAAGUCCAUCUGAUAUUAUUAAUGAUGACGAGGAAGACGAGGAAAAGGAAGAAGAUAGAAUAUUACCCAUAGGACAAGAAUCGCCUCUAAUGGAAAAUAAUUCAAUCACGACAUCACGUGGAAGCGAAGAUAAAUUAAUGGACUUUUCUACUUUUGAUAAAAUGGGAAUAAAAGUUGAAAGUAAUAGCGACGAUGGGUUUGCUGAAAAGGUUUAA